AAGGAGAUGACCCACAAAAUCUUCAACCCCCAGCAAGUCCAACUCCCAGUUUGAAAAGUACUAAAUCAGGACGACCUUCUCUAUUUGCAACCUUUGCUCGUAGAAAUUCUACUAAAAGCGAACACUCGUCAAGGAGUCGUUCACCUACUAGUCCUAGACCGUCAAACGACUUUAACUUUGCUUCCGACGGGAUCCGCACACCAAGUCCAACGCCAUCACGAGAUUCAAUGAUCUUUGAACGCGACAUUGAACCCCGUGAUAAUCUCAGCGUUCCUGAAGCCAUUGACCGUGCCAUCCCUCCGGUUUUAGACGACGCAGCCGAAGCUUUUGUUAACGAGGAAAUACCUACAAAUCUCGUAGAGUCUCUAACUGAGAACGGAAACAGUAAAAUUGAUUCUGAAAUUUUGGACGCCGAGGGACGGAAACGAUUGUCGUUAAUAAAUGUGAUAGACAUUGUCAAUAAUCGAGCACCAAGCCCUAGUCCAUUUGAACAAAAGUCAGUCGUUGCUGAAACGACACCCAGCGAAGCUAAUGGAUUGACGGACGUGUCCGAAAA